AUGUGGGUCCGUGUCGGGCGGAAAUCACAAUGUACUACUUUGAGCCACAUACGCAAAGCUGUUCGACGUUUCUAUGGGGUGGUUGCCAAGGAAACGGUAACAGAUUCGAUUCUAAUGGCGAAUGUAUGCAAAACUGUCUUAGCAAACCGGAUCGACCGAUGCGACUCUAUAUGCCGCUUUGGAAGCAGCGUUUUAACAAGUUCAAGUAAAAGUAAAAGUAAGGCUAAUUUGGAAAACGUCCUUCUACAGAACCCAUUAAGUGCCACUAAGAAGGGGUCAAAUCAGUCACAUCUUCUACCAACAGCUUUGAAGCAUGAUAACAUA